AUGGGUGACUCGCGGCGGGAUGCGGCCAUCGACUCGCGGCGGGACGCGGUGACCCUGGCGCUGGUGAUCGGCUCGCGGCGGGAUGCGGACCUCGGCGCGCCGGAUGAGGUCAGGGAGCUCCGAGAGGCCCUCCCAGAGGGCCCGAGGGGCCGCACCGCCUUCUUUGAGGACGUGUUGCGAGACCGUGUGAAGGCGCUGCAGAAGAACGACCCUAAGGGCAAGGAGCAGUGGAUUAUCUACACGACCCGGUACGGCAGCCGGGCAUCGACCAAGCAACGACAAAGCAGCAGGCAGCGGGACCCGAAGUUUUACGACGAAGACUUUCUACAGAAGUUCUUCGACAAUUGGGACAACGGGAUCAUGAUGGAGGGCACGGAGGAUGAGUUGCGGGAGGUGAAAGCGGGCAGCUGGUCCCCGAAUGGAGCCCCCGCCAAGCGGACCCGCGACGACAACCAGGGCAACGACGACAGCACAGGCGUGUUCUUCGGCGGACUUUUGAAAGAUUGCACCGAGGAUGCCUUGAAGGCUUUCGCAGAGACCGUCGGAACUGUCAAGUUUGUCAAGAUGUUCACCGACGAGUGUGGCAAUUCGCGGGGCUGCGGCAAGGUCUUCUAUGAGGAUCCCGACGUGCGGGAUGCCGCCAUCAAGGAGCGCCGCGCUCCAGCGGCGGCGGCGCUACCGUGCCGCCGUCAUCGUCGACGACGCCGUUGUUGUGUUGUCACAUUUUCAUCGUCGAAGCGAACUUCAAAUCGAGAUGCACAUCCAGUUUCUGUCGACAUACGUACCGUCAUUGAAAGUGGAAUGCAACUGGGAAUGCGCAUCGAAGUAAACAUUGGAAUGCAG